AGGAGCGAAGGGCACCGUCUACCGGUAUCCUAGCUAGCAAGGGCGACUCCAGUAGGCUGGGCGAAAAAAAUCUAAUACUUAUAUUUCCCUUUUUUGACUGGUAUUCAAAAUUGUCACACAAGCAUGAAGAUGUUGCGCUUGGGGGGAGGUUCAUGAAGGAGCCAAUGGAUGCUCGAGUGGGAUGCCCUGAAUUGCGGGAUGCAGUUGCAGGCUGUGGUCAAAGUCAAGAAAACGUUGCACAAUGUGACUAGCUAGUGUCCGCGCUAUCCAAUCCUGCUGGUGGCAGCAAUGUGCCAAAGGGUUGUUCUCCAGUCAUCAAUGCCGUAAUGAACAAGUCAGAGGAGUAACAGGAACACUCUGAAGACUUUUUGAUUAGAGGGAUGGGGCUCUUAUCAGAAAGAAGCUAUUUCUUUUUGUUUUUCAUCUUCAUAAUUUUGACAGAGGGACAUUAUAAAUGGGUUCAAGCCCAGCACUGUGUGUGGUACGGUGAGUGUGGGGAGUCCGACAAGGUCCCGGGGAAGAAGUACAACUGCAACUAUACAGGACCACCUCUCCCACUCCCAGCAGAGGGCCAUGAGCUGCUCACAGAGCUGUGUCCAGGCUAUGACUAUGGGAACCAGAGUCUGUGCUGUGAUGUCCAGCAGCUCCUGACUCUUCAAGGGAGCCUUCAGCUUCCCCUACAGUUCCUCUCUCGAUGCCCAGCCUGUUUCUUCAACCUGAUGAACCUGUUCUGUGAGCUAACCUGCAGCCCCCGCCAGAGUCUGUUCGUGAACGGCACCCAGUUCACUAAUGUCACAGCUGCCAACAAGACCAAUGUGGUGGAAGUCCAGUACUACAUUGGACAGACAUUUGCCAAUGCCAUGUAUAAUGCUUGUCAGGAUGUCCAGGCCCCCUCCAUUAACGUGAAGGCCUUGUCACUGCUCUGUGGUAAGGACGCCAGUGACUGCAACGCCACCAACUGGAUCGAGUACAUGUUCGACAUCAACAAUGGACAGAGUCCCUUCCCCAUCAUCCCUAUAUUCUCAGACGUGCCAGUGUCCGGUAUGAUCCCCAUGAACAACAAGACAUAUGGCUGUACGGAGGGUCUGGAGGAUGGCUCUGGGCCAUGCUCCUGCCAGGACUGUAGCCAGGCCUGUGGCCCCCAGCCUGUCCCUCCGCCCCUGCUUCCGCCAUGGACCAUUCUGGGCAUCGACGCUAUGGUGGUCAUCAUGUGGAUCUCUUAUGUGUCCUUCCUCCUCAUCUUCAUCGGAGCCGUGAUCGGAGCCUGGUGCUACAGAAAAAGGACAGUAGAGUCGGAAUAUGGUCCCAUUUUGGACAGCAAUAACCCUCCCUGUCUGAACAAUGACAACAUUGACCAAGUGGACGCUUCGUGUGGUGAGACGCUGGGCGAGCGUUUCGAGAGCUCCCUGCGUUCCCUUUUCGCCCGCUGGGGCUCGUUCUGCGUACGGCAGCCCCUCGUGGUCAUCCUAGGCAGCCUGGCCGUAGUGGCCGCCUGCUCAGGGGGCCUGGUCUACAUGAAGAUCACCACGGACCCCGUGGAGCUAUGGUCCUCUCCCAGCAGCCAGGCCAGGCAGGAGAAGGACUACUUCGACAGCCACUUCGGACCCUUCUUCAGGGCAGAGCAGCUCAUCAUCACCACCACGCUGCAGUCAGAAUCCGUCUACUCCCCGAACCCCGCGGGGGCUGACGUGCCCUUCGGAGCCCCCCUGGACAAGGACGUCCUCCACCAGGUGUUGGAUCUCCAGACGGACAUAGAAAACAUAGUGGCUUCAUACGGGGACCAGAAAGUGACCUUAAAGGAUAUCUGCUUGGCCCCGCUGGCCCCCUUCAAUGACAACUGCACCAUCCUCAGUGUUCUCAACUACUUCCAGAACAGCCACGACCAGCUGGACCGUAGCGUAGGCGAUGAGUUCUAUGUCUACGCCGACUACCACACACACUUCCUCUACUGCGUCAGUGCCCCAGCAUCCCUCAACGACACCAACAAGCUUCAUGAUCCCUGCCUGGGCACCUACGGAGGCCCUGUCUUCCCCUGGCUGGUCCUGGGAGGCUAUGAUGCCACCAACUACAACAAUGCCACAGCUCUAGUGAUCACGUUCCCUGUCAACAACUACCAUAACGACAGCAUCAAUCUGGGAAAAGCUCUGGCCUGGGAGAAGGAAUUCAUCGUUUUCCUGAAGAACUACAGCAACCCCAACCUGACCAUCUCCUUCAACUCUGAGAGGAGCAUCGAGGACGAGAUCAACCGCGAGAGCGAAAGUGACCUCAGCACCGUCGUGGUCAGCUACGCCAUCAUGUUCGUCUACAUCUCCCUGGCGUUAGGACAUAUCCACAGCUUCAGGAGGGUGCUGGUGGACUCUAAGAUCUCCCUGGGCAUAGCAGGCAUCGUGAUAGUGCUGAGCUCAGUGGCUUGUUCUCUGGGCAUCUUCAGCUAUGCUGGCAUCCCUCUCACCCUCAUCGUCAUCGAGGUCAUCCCCUUCCUGGUGCUGGCUGUCGGCGUCGACAACAUCUUCAUCGUUGUCCAAACGUACCAGAGGGAUGAGCGGAUGCCUCAAGAGGAGCUGCACCAGCAGAUAGGCCGUAUCCUAGGAGACGUGGCUCCCAGCAUGCUCCUCUCCUCCUUUUCUGAGACAGUGGCUUUCUUCCUGGGGGCCCUGUCCACUAUGCCAGCGGUGCGGACCUUCUCCCUGUUUGCUGGGCUGGCUGUGUUCAUUGACUUCUUGCUACAGAUCAGCUGCUUCAUUAGCCUGCUGGGCCUGGAUGCCAAGAGACAGGAGGGGAAUCGUCUGGACAUUGUGUGCUGUGUGAAGCUGCCAGUUGGCCAGGAGGAGAGGACAGAUGGCUUCCUCUUCCACUUCUUCAAGAAGGUCUACGCCCCCUUCAUCCUCAAAGAGUGGGUCAGACCCAUUGUGGUGGCUGUGUUUGUGGGGAUGUUGUCCUUCAGUAUCGCUGUCACCAAUAAGGUAGAGAUUGGACUGGACCAGAAGCUCUCCAUGCCUGAUGACUCGUACGUGCUGGACUACUUUAAGAACCUGAGUGAGUACCUCCACACGGGUCCUCCGGUCUACUUCGUGGUGGAGGACGGCCAUGACUACCUGAGUCUGGAGGGCCAGAACUCUGUGUGUGGAGGGGUGGGCUGCAGCAACAACUCUCUGGUCCAACAGGUCUACGCAGCAUCUCUCAUCAGCAACUACACCACUAUAGGAUUCAACCCGUCGUCGUGGCUGGAUGACUACUUUGACUGGGUGAAGCCUCAGUCCUCCUGCUGUAGAUAUUACAACUCUUCUGGGGCCUUCUGCAAUGCCUCAGUGGUGGACACGUCGUGUGUGCACUGCCGCCCCAUGAACUCCAGUGGGAAGCUGAGGCCCAUAGAGCAGGACUUCAUGAAGUUCCUCCCCAUGUUUUUGUCAGACAACCCCAACGUCAAGUGUGGGAAAGGUGGUCACGCGGCCUACAGUUCAGCUGUGGUCCUAAAGGGGAACAACACAUCUGUGGGGGCCACCUACUUCAUGACCUACCACACCAUCCUCAAGGACUCCCCUGACUUCAUAGACGCCAUGAAGAUGGCCCGUGUCCUGGCUGACAACAUCACUAGCACCAUGGGCCACAAAGUCUUCCCCUACAGCGUGUUCUACGUGUUCUACGAGCAGUACCUGACCAUUGUCUACGACACGGUCUUCCAGCUGGGCGUGUCGCUGGCGGCCAUCUUUGCGGUGACCGCGGUGCUGCUGGGCUUUGAGCUGUGGUCAGGAGUGCUGGUCAGCAUCACCAUCGCCAUGAUCCUGGUCAACAUGUUCGGGGUCAUGUGGCUCUGGGACAUCAGCCUCAAUGCUGUGUCCCUCGUCAACCUCGUCAUGAGCUGUGGUAUCUCUGUGGAGUUCUGCAGUCACAUAGUGAGGGCUUUCUCCAUCAGUGUGAAGAGUACCAGGGUGGAAAGGGCUGAAGAAGCUCUGGCCCACAUGGGCAGCUCAGUGUUCAGUGGGAUCACUCUGACUAAGUUUGGAGGCAUCCUGAUCCUGGCUCUGUCCAAGUCCCAGAUCUUCCAAAUCUUCUACUUCCGCAUGUACCUGGCCAUGGUGCUGCUGGGCGCCACGCACGGACUCAUCUUCCUCCCUGUGCUGCUCAGCUACGCAGGUCCUUCGGUAAACAAAGCCAAGGUGUUUGCAGCCAACAAGCGCUAUGCCGGCACAGAAAGGGAGCACCGCCUCAACUUCUAGAGGCUCUGUGGGGAAAAGAGCAGCACAAUGAUGAUUUUGAACUAACUAACCUUUCUGUCCUGAUCUGGGAGAGACGGUGUGGGGUGACGCAGCGUGACUGAGGUAGCAGUUUCAAUGAUUUCUGACACGCACUCGCAAUACAGGGAUGCAACUCAGGAAUAACUGUUGGGUGUGUCUCUGAGGCCUCUCACACUUUAUUUAAUUCUUAUGGGCAAUUCUGGGUAGUUUUCAUUAGGGCACACAGUGGCAAAAUGUUUUGCAAUGGAAAAUGGAAAAAAAUGGCAUUUCUUGUCGACCAGUAGUCUUUCCCUGGUUUUGUCUGUUUUGGUGCCUAAUGAACACCACUGAUUUCAGUAACCUAGAAUAGCCCCCUAAUGUAACAUUAGCAGCAAUAGGAUGAUAUACUGUUUCCCCUCUCAACACAGGAAGUCAGCUAUGUGAAUAUAGGAAAAACUUAAACCCACAUAAACUUCUAGUUUACAUCUUAUGACCCUACUCUUUAUUUUCUCUUGAGGACCAGCUAUUCUUUAACCAGACAGUGUUUUUGGGGGGGAUUAGCUAAGUAGAAUGUGUAAAGAGAAUGAUAAUAUAUGCAAAAGGUUACUUCUCUGAGAAGAAGAAAAAAAAGUUUGAUAUGACGAAACAUUUAUGUAUACUGUAAUGUAACUAAUAAUGAAACCAAAUAAUGUUUAAAGAUACAGUUAACCUGGUAUACAUUCCAGGUGUUCCACACAUAGAAAAGUAAUUACUAUAAUUCUGUAAUUUUGUUUCUAUGGUUCCACAGUUACUGAAAAACUUGACCAGCUUGAUUUGAGGCAAUUUUUAUUAACGUUAUUAUAAUAAUAUUGUGUGACAAUAUGUAUUCCUGUAUAGCCAAGGGUCAAUAUUCACCGUUACGCAGAGUAAGAGUGAUGAUCUUGGACCAGGGCCACCUUGUCCAUAUAAUGAUAAAUGAAAAGGCAAAACUGAUCCAAGAUCUGUGAAUAAGAGCUGUCUGUAAGUACAUUAUACUAGGCUUGGUCUGGCUUCACAUCUUGCAGUAAUGUUUUUGCUUACUGUUAGGGCUGUGCCCAGUUGUCUGUAGUACCUCAGAAUGUAAGGUUGAGCAAAGAUAUUAAAGUAAUAUUUAUUAUUGUUAUUAUGGGGCAACCAGGGGCUCGAGAUGUUUGUUACAGACAUGCUUGUUGACAAUGCUGCGCAUUGGCACUAGAAAGAAGCACAAUGUUGUAAUAUGGUAACCAUGUCUUGAAUCAAAAUCUUAAUGUUUUAACAUUUUAAUGUGUGGACUGUAUUGCAGCUCGGUAUUGACAGAUUUAAAUCUGAUUUGCAAUAGAAUCUCAUAUUGGCAUAUUGGUACACCACUAUAGAUUUGCUUAAUUUGGUAAAAUAAAAUAAAAAAUCACAUAAAUAAAUCACUAA